GCCUGGCCAGGAUCAUGGCGGAUCGGGGCGGGGGACUUGGGCGUGCGUCCGCCGGGACUCCCCCUCGGAACCCUCCUUCUCAUCCCAAUAAAACACCGGAUCCUACAGAAAUCCCGUCCGCUCUUUUGUCCGUGAUUCAACAAUUUGAAGAACUCUCCGCUUCCAACUCUAAUAGUGCCUUAGAAUCUACGACAAAUCUGGGAGGGGGUACAGAUUCGAAAGUAACAGCCAUAUCUGCAGGGAAUGAAAACGCUACCGUUACUUCUACCAGAAACCGAGUCAAUAAGUCAGAUAAGAGGGAUAGAAGUCGUAGUCCACGUCAGGACAAGCCAACCGACAAUCAGAACCGGAAUUGUUCGAAAUAUUCCAACAUCAGUCUCUUUGGAGGAAAUCAAGGAAGGAUUGGAAUCCCCCUGUGAAAUCCUGGACAUACAACGCAUGAAUAGAAGAAUCACCAUAAAUGGCGAAUCUAAAACCGUGCCCUCGUCCACAAUCAAGAUCUUUUUCGACGGACAGGAGCUCCCCAGAUACAUCUUCAUCUUCAAAUUUAGAUACGAGGUCGUUCCUUUCGUGCCUCAGGUCAAGGUCUGCUUUCAAUGUUUCCGAAUUGGCCACAUUGGCGCCAACUGCAAAAGUAGCGCGAGAUGUCUCACGUGCGGCAAGAAAAGACAUCCCACGGGGACAGAAUGCCCUCGCGGUGGGCUUCCCCCCAAAUGUCUUAACUGCGGGCUUGAACAUUUUGCCACCGCACCAGACUGCGGAGCCCUGAAAAAAUACACACUGGCUACUACAAUGGCUGCUUACGACAACAUUCCACUUAUGGAAGCCAAGCGCAGAGUAAAAAUUAUAUAUCCCUCUCAUGAUAGCCACAAUAGCAGCUCUGAAUCGCUAAAAAACUCGCUCAGUAUUGUACAUAGCCAAAAUAACAGCAAAAAUAGCUACGACGAAGCUAUACAGUUUGUUCGCAGCCGAACAAGAGACCGACGCGAUUUUCCACCUUUAAAACAUUACAACAACUCUACCUCUAACAGCGAACCGCUGUUUUACAGCAAAAAUAGCUUUGAAGCGCUAGAGUCUUUUCUAUGUGCAGAAAGGGAGCGAAACAUCUCUACGACAUGUUCGUCUUACGCGCAUGUUGUCGCAAACAUUUGCAGAAACUGAGAUAGCAAUGUCUCCAGCAAACACAGCAAACACAGUAACACAAUUCCACACUCCGCUCCCAAGAUGAACCAGACGGUAUGUGUCUCACUGAACAACUCCAACGCCCACAAAACAUAAAGAACAGCGCUCAGAUAAAACAUCUCUGCUCUCGGGAUGUUCCGUUUCCUCUUCGAGCAAAGGACAUACCAGACCCAUCCUAAGAAACACGCCAUCUGUCUCAAUGGAUAAAAGUCUGUGCAAAGAAUCAAAUUCUGACAACGCAGAACCUUCAAGAACACUCUCCAAUUCCGGAACCAACAGCGCACGCAAAGAAAGAUGGGCAAGAACGGCCUCAGAGGGCCCUAUCUAUUAUCCGCGAAAUCAAAAAUACUGCAGUCAAGACAAUGACUUGGACAGCUCAGUUUCCGUCAAAGAUCACAAUAUUAUUUUCAAAACCUCCCCUAUGCAUCAGAU